AUGGAUCCGGUUAUGUGUGUUGUGGGGCUACUGGUGCUGCUUCUGGAGGGCAUCCGUUGCCAAGGAGUGUACGCGCCUCCUACUGUCCGCAUCAUCCACUCAGGGCAUGCGUGCAACGUGGAAGAGGAGCGGCACACGGAGCGUGUCUACACCAUCCGGGAGGGCGAGACCCUGGAACUCAGCUGCCUGGUGACAGGACAUCCGCGGCCGCAGAUCCGAUGGACCAAGACCGCUGGCAGCGUGUCGGACCGCUUCCAGGACUCUAGUGUCUUCAAUGAGACACUGCACAUCGCCAAAAUCCUGAGGACGCAGGGUGGCCGCUACUAUUGCAAGGCGGAGAAUGGCCUUGGCUCACCUGCUAUCAAGUCUAUUCGGGUGGAUGUUUAUUAUCUUGAUGACCCGGUGGUGACAGUGCACCAGAGCAUCGGAGAGGCGAAGGAGCAGUUCUACUACGAGCGGACAGUGUUCCUGCGCUGCGUGGCUAACUCCAACCCGCCGGUUCGCUACAGUUGGCACCGUGGCCGGGAGGUGCUGACCCAGGGCUCCGACAAGGGCGUGGAGAUAUAUGAACCCUUCUUCACGCAGGGGGAAACGAAGAUCUUGAAGUUGAAGAACCUGCGGCCGCAAGACUACGCCAACUACAGCUGCGUGGCCUCUGUCAGGAACGUGUGCGGCAUUCCUGACCGGAGCGUCAUCUUCCGGCUCACCAACAAGACAGCCUCGCCGUCCAUCAAGCUGUUGGUGGAGGACCCCAUCGUGGUGAACCCCGGCCAGACCGUGUCAUUGGUCUGCAUCACCACCGGCGGGGAGCCUCCGCCGCUCCUCACGUGGCUCACCACCAAUGACAGCUUGCCACAGAGGAGCAUGGUGAAGGGUGGCACGCUUACCCUACCCGCCAUCAGCUCGGAUGAGGCAGGCGUCUACAGUUGCGUGGCCAGCAACAACGUGGGAAACCCAGCUAAGAAGUCCACAACCAUCAUCGUGCGAGCGUUAAAAAAGGGUCGCUUCUGGAUCACUCCUGAUCCCUACCACAAUGACGACAACAUCCAGAUCGGUCGGGAAGUGAAGAUAUCUUGUCAAGUGGAGGCUACGCCCCCGGAGGAACUCACCUUCAGCUGGUUGAAGAACGGCCGCGCAUUGCGAAGCUCGGAGCGCAUGGUCAUCACACAGACGGACACGGACAUCUCACCCGGCACCACCAACUUGGACAUCAUCGACCUCAAGUUCACCGACUUCGGCACAUACACGUGUGUGGCUGCGCUGAAGGGCGGUGGCAUCCCCGAGAUCAGCAUCGACGUCAACAUCUCCUCCACUACUGUCCCUCCUCUGUUUUUCUCUUUCUUAGUUCCUCCCAACCUGACAGUCCCCCGGGGCAAGUCCCCCCUGGUGGCCCGUGAGGGAGAAACAGUGGAGCUGGAGUGCCUUGUUUCAGGAAAGCCCAAGCCUAUCAUUCUGUGGUCACGUGCCGACAAGGAGGCUCCGAUGCCAGACGGUAACAUGCAGAUGGAGAGCUACGACGGAGCACUCCGUAUCGUCAACGUGACGCGGGAGAUGACCGGAUCGUACCGAUGCCAGACUAGCCAGUACAACGGAUUCAACGUCAAGCCUCGUGAGGCCGUGGUGGAGCUCAUCGUACAAUACCCCCCCACGGUGGAGCCGGUCCACAUGGAGCUACGUCAGGGCCUGGGCCGGCCUGUGGUGAUGACGUGCCGCGUGUUGCGGGCGCACCCGUCGCGUGUGCUGCGCUUCGAAUGGUUGCUGUCCAACCGGCUGCUGCACGCCGGCGCUUUCGAUGCGCAGCGGGAUGACACCGAGUACAUCAUUCGUAGCCUGAAUCGUGAUGGCUGGGGGGAGUACACCUGCAACGUUAUCAACGAGGCCGGAGCGGGAAAGUGCACCUUUCAUGUUACAGGAAAGGCCUACGCUCCCGAGUUCUACUAUGACACCUACAGCCCCCUGUGGCAGAACCGGCCCAGGAUCUAUGACUUCAAGCUCCAGUGGACACAAAUGAACCCCAAUGCUGUGGACCGCAUUGUGGCCUACAGACUUGGCCUCAGACAGAUGGGACAGCAGCGAUGGUGGGAGCAGGAGAUUCCCAUGGACGGUACUAUCAACAAGGGAGAGCUCAUGACUCACAACCUGACUGAUCUCAUCAAGCCCGAGUCCUACGAAGUGCGCCUUACCCCCAUCACCCGUUUUGGCGAGGGUGACUCCACCGUGCGGAUCGUCACCUACAGUGCUCCCAUCAACCCUCACCUAAGAGAGUUCCACUGCAGCUUUGAGGAGGAGCCCAUCUGCAUGUUCACCCAGGACAAGAACGACGACUUUGAUUGGACGAGGCACAGCGCCGCCACCCGCGACACCAAGUACACGCCAAAUACGGGACCUAGCGGGGAUCGUGCUGGCUCCAAGCAGGGUUUCUACAUGUACAUCGAAACGUCAAGACCACGGAAGGAAGGGGAUCACGCGCGGCUCGUCAGUCCGUUUUUUAACAUCGCCCCGAAGAACCCCUACGGCAUCACCAACCCACCGGCCUACUGCUUUGGCUUCUUCUACCACAUGUAUGGAAAACACAUAGGGACGCUAAAUGCCUUAGUCAAGCAAAAGGGCCUGGCCAGCUCGGAUGGGCCAGUGUGGUCAUUGAGCGGUAACCAAGGAGAGCGCUGGAAGCAAGCCAAAGUCAGCGUCCAUCCGACAGCGUCAUUUCAGGUGGUACUGGAGGGAAUCAGAGGACCAGGCAUCGAGGGAGAUAUCGCCAUCGAUGACGUCACAUUAGAGGAAGGGGAGUGUCGAGACCCGCCGCCCAACCUGAGUGCCAUUGCUCAAUCCACCUCACUGCAUAUAUGGCUGCUGUGCGUCACUGUGGUGGUGACCCUCCUGGAGGGCCAGAGGUGA